AAACAGAGGAGCUGCUGCUGCCGUGAAGGAGAGGCUCGACAACACCAUGCCCUGUUCUAAGCUCACCGUGGUCUCCAUGGUGAUAUGAAAGCCGGUGUGAAACGCUGACACGCACGGACUUGCACACAGACGGUCAGCUAUUGACUGACACACGGCCGGCCAGCCAGCUCGGCGGGCGGGCGUGUGUAAUGGACAGGUGUAAACAUGUGGGGCGGCUGCGCCUGGCCCCAGACCACUCCAUCCUCAACCCCCAGAAGUGGCACUGCGUGGACUGCAACACCUCAGAGUCGAUAUGGGCGUGUCUUGGCUGCGCUCACGUGGCGUGCGGACGCUACAUUGAGGAGCACGCCCUGCAACACUUCCAGCAGCAGCACCACCCGCUGGCGAUGGAGGUGAACGAACUUUAUGUUUUUUGCUACUUGUGCGACGACUACGUCCUGAAUGACAACGCCACCGGAGACCUCAAGCUGCUUCGUAGCACGCUCAGCGCCAUUCAGAGCCAACGCUAUGAGGUCACCACCCGCAGCGGGCGCACCCUCCGCUCCACCAGCGCCGCCCCCGACGCACUCAUGCCAUCCGGCGCCCGCGAGCUGCAGCUAAGAGACGAGGACAGGAUGUUUACCGCCCUAUGGCACCGCCGCAGGGAGCUCAUGGGACGCGUUUUCCGCUUCUGGUUCGGACUCACUGAAUGCGGCAAGAAGAGGGAGGAGGAGGAGAGGAAGAGGGAGGAGGAGGAGGAGCAGAAAAGGGAGUCGAGGGAGAGGAGACGGGCAGUGAAGAGGCAGCUGCAGGAGGAGCUGGAGAACGCCCCCCUCAGGAAGAGUCGGCGCUUACGUCGGAAGAGCCAGAGAGUUGCGGAGGCGGCGGUCACGCCACCGACCACUCGUUCACAAAACAAGACAAGAAGCCCCGUGCCGUCAUCCGUCACCCGCAGGCCGAGGACUCAAAGCCCCGCUACGCCCACCCCCAAGAAAACUGGACCCACGAAAAAGCCCCAACCAACAGUUAAAACCCGAAGCCAUUCUUCUACCACCAAAUCUAAACCCAAACCGUCAUCAGCGACCCCCCGCCACGCCCAAACACCUGUCCGCCACAAGCAGAGCACCAAACAGGGCGGUUCACCGUUCAAACGGCGUCCCACGGUAACGCCCGGAGUGACGGGUUUGAGGAAUUUGGGCAACACCUGUUAUAUGAACUCCAUCCUGCAGGUUCUGAGCCACCUGCUCGUCUUCAGGGAGUGCUUCAUGCGCCUGGACCUCACCCAGGCUCUGGAGCUACUGGCAUCUGCCGUCCACGGCCAACUCACAGGCAAGACCUCUUCCCAGUUCCCCCUCGCCCAAAGGAGGGGGUUCCAGGCCAGCUCGGGCUCCGGGGCCGGCCUGAGCGGCGGGGCCUCGCGGGGCCGCAGCAUGGAGCUGAUUCAACCCAAAGAGCCGAGCUCAAAGCACAUCUCUCUCUGCCAUGAGCUGCACACCUUGUUUCAGGUCAUGUGGUCGGGCAAGUGGGCGCUGGUCUCGCCUUUUGCCAUGCUCCACUCGGUGUGGCAGCUGAUCCCGGCGUUCCGGGGCUACGCUCAGCAGGAUGCUCAGGAGUUCCUGUGUGAGCUGCUGGACAAGGUGCAGCACGAGCUGGAGAGCACGGGCCAGUACACGACCAGCGCGGGAGUGUCGCAGACGCAGAAACGACUCAUCAAACAGGUUCUCAGCGUGGUCAACACCAUCUUCCACGGCCAGCUGCUCAGCCAGGUGACGUGUCUGGCAUGUGACCAUCGCUCCAACACUGUGGAGCCUUUCUGGGAUCUGUCGCUGGAGUUCCCCGAGCGCUAUCACAGCAAUAGCAGGGAGUCGGCCGCGCAGGCUUCGUGCCAUCUCACCGAAAUGCUCGCCAAGUUUACAGAGACCGAAGCACUGGAGGGAAACAUCUACGCCUGUGACCAGUGCAACUCUGCUCGACGGCGGACCUCCUCCAAACCCCUCAUCCUGACCCAGGCACAAAAACAGCUGAUGGUCCACAAACUGCCUCAGGUGCUGCGGCUUCACCUCAAACGCUUCAGGUGGUCCGGGCGGAACCACCGGGAGAAGAUCGGAGUCCACGUCAGCUUCGACCAGCUUCUCAACAUGGAGCCGUACUGCUGCAUGGAGCCGUCGCCCAAAGGCGUGCCCACGUGCUCCAGUCCCAGCAGCCCUGGCUCCGCGGGCUCACCGCGCCCAAAGCACUUCCUCUACGAACUCUCUGCUGUGGUGAUGCAUCAUGGGAAGGGCUUCGGCUCUGGCCACUACACUGCCUACUGCUACAACACAGGAGGAGGCUUCUGGGUUCACUGUAAUGACUCUAAGAUGAAUGUGUGCUCAGUGGAGGAGGUGUGCCGCGCUCAGGCCUACAUCCUCUUCUACACACAGCGUGUAACUCAGGACAAGGACCGGCCGCUAUAGGACCACAACCCCCCCACAAAAACCCACCACCACCAUCACCUCUUCCUCCUCCUCCUCUUCCUCUGCUGCAGCCGGACCACUCAGAGAGAAGAUAUCAGCACAGCCCCAUCUCUCUCUCUCUCGCUCUCUCUCUCCUCUCUCUUUCUCUUCUUUGGGCAUUUUAUAUCCUGGGAGAUCAUCUUCUUUUUUUUCUUUUUAUAAAAUCUAUUUUUCUAAAUAAGGAUAAAGGAAAAAAAAAGAAGAACAAGAGAGGAAGAGCUCCUUUUUAAAAAGAAAAAACAAAACAAACACAGUGAACUUCUUGUAUAUGGUGUUUAUAUGUAGGUAUUUUUUUUUAACAAAAAAAUUUGGUGAUGUUUGUCGAUCUGUGUACAGUUUGUAUUUUAUAAAGAGGAGAGUUAUCAGCCGAGAUGCGUCUCAGUAGCAGCCAACAACGACUUUUGGCCUGGUGGGUGGGGAGGGGGGAGGGCACGACUACACUCAUUACAUACAUACAAGUCGUACAGGUGUCUGCCUACCUGCCUACCUGAGUUUUUGGUGGCUUUCUUUAAAAAAAAUGCUGUUUUUGUUUUGUUUUUUCUGUUUUUUAAAAUCAUCUUUAAAAUGUUUCUCAGUCACUUUAGAUAGUCGACACAGAACUGGAUGGAUGUAAGGUUUGUUAAUUAAAUGUCACAUACUUAUCACUAGAUGAAGCCUCGCUCGCUCGAGGUUUUCACACUCACUCACUCACUCCAGCCAAGAAUGCACUAAUUUUUAUUUUUUAUUUUACAGGUUAAAUCGUCAAAUAUUGUUUUUUUUUUGUUGUUGUUGUGGUUUUUCUUUUUUAUAUAACUCAAGUCAGUGUUGUUUAAAUCAUCCAAAAGCUGUGCACAAGCAGGAGCAGUUAAAGUUAAGUAUUUUUUUCCCAAUUCUGGAGGACUCCUGGGUCUGUCAGGAAUAUAAUUGACAGACUUUAAAAGCCCAAGUCUGGAGGGAAAUGUUUGGGGAAAGAAAAAAAAAAUCUCCAAAAAACAGUUCAAUAUUUGAUGGAUUUAUUUUUAUAAUUAUAUUCUUUUAAAUGGUGAAUUUAAGGAGAAUAAAUUUAAAGGCUAAAUGCUGCCACCUCUCUGCACCAGAAUGUAUAAAAGAAAUCUGAACCAUCCCCGGCAGAUAAAAAGAUUUUAAUAAGAGUAAAAGUGCCCUUUUUUCUGUUUUAAAAAAAGCAGCAGAUUAUAUUUUCUUAUAAUUCAUAUCACAAAAAAAAUAAAAACAGAAAAUCAGCAAAUCUGCGACACAAACCAGCAUUUAGAUAAUGAAUGUAUUUUUUUAUACAAUAACCUCUCGGAGGUUGGUUUUUUUUUUAGUAAAGAGGCUGUUUUUUAAAAAGUUUUAUACAAAUAAUCAGCUGAUUUGUUUUAACUUUUCUUGCUCGAUUGUUCAACCCCACCAGCAGCAGCAGCUACGACCGAUCUGUUGUUCACCAUUACGUGUACUGUGAGUGUACAUACUGUAUUUAAUUUACCAUCUGUCAGUAAAAAACAGAUUAAACAGGAUUUCUGGGGCGUUAACAGAUUGUGAUAUUUAUCUCCAUACUGGAGAAAAUUGCACACAUAAGAUAAAAGAAAAAGAAAAGAAAGAAAAACCCUCUCCGCCUCAACUAAGUCUCCUCUGAUUUAUCCGAGAGGAACUCAAAGCACACUUCAUCAUCUUUUUUUUCUUUUUUUUACCUUCAUUGUCCGACAUUGUGACUAUCUGUUUGUUGGCAUUUGGUUUUACUCUGGUCGUAGUAGUACUUGUUAAAAGUCGUAACCGUGGUUACUGCUGCUUUCGGCUACUGCUCUUUGGUGUGUGUAAAUUUAUGGAAGUUAUUCUAUGCAAAUUGUUACCUCAAUUUUUU